AAGUCAAAAUACUUUUGCGCCACACGAGUUCUCGAACCCGUUCCCGAACAGAAAACAACAACACAUCAAGAAGUCUCCAUACCCAACACUUUCCUACACGAUGUCGGUUCUCCCGAUAGCGAUUUGAGCGACGUUCCCGACGACUACGAAGACAACCGCCCGGCAUACUGGACGCCUCCCGGGACGCCUCCACCGACGAAGAAGAUAAAGCUGAAACAAGAAACUCCGCGCAGACCAGCUAAGACGUCCCGAUUUUUCCCUGACGAGUGCCUCCCCGCAGCCUCAUGCCAGCCCUUCCCGCCGAUCACGAAACCAACGUUUGGACUGGUACAAGAACAGCUGGCACACGAUCCGUUCCGGCUGCUGAUCGCUACCAUCUUCCUCAACCGCACGCGAGGCAGUGUCGCCCUGCCGGUUCUAUGGGAGGUUUUUGCACGGUACCCGACCGUGGAGAGUAUGGCGUCUGCCGAGUUUACAGAGCUGGUAUCGAUGAUCCGCAGGCUAGGGUUCCAGAACCAACGGGCCCGCAAGUGCAUCGCGCUGGCGCAGACGUGGCUCGCUCAGCCGCCUACACGGAGCAAACGCUACCGGCGCCUGCACUACCCGCGUCGCGGUGAUGGACGCGAUCUACACCGUGACGAGGUACUUGACGAGCACGAUCCCCGUCUCGGGUGGGAGGUGGCCCAUCUGCCUGGUGUGGGCGAGUAUGCACUUGACAGCUGGCGGAUCUUCUGUCGCGAUGAGCUGCGCGGACUCGCGCACGACUGGAAGGGAGACGGUGCGACGGAGGGGGCGCAGCAUGUCCCGGAGUGGAAAGCUGUGGUUCCGCGCGACAAGGAGCUGCGUGCGUAUCUGACCUGGAUGUGGCUGAAGGAGGGGUGGGAAUGGGAUUUUGCAGGGGAGAGACGUCGAGCUAGCAGGGCGAGAAUGCGUGCUGCGUUGGUGGAGGGGACGGCGUACGAGGUCGAAGGCAGGUACAUUGUAAACUAA